AUGAAGGAGUUUGCAAAAAAAGACAUCGCCCCUUCCGCCACCAGCCUGGAGCAAGAUGUUAUCGGGAAAGACGACCCCGAGUACAGGAAGUACUUUGAUUUCCACCUGCAAAAACAGUGGAUUGAUUCGAUUGUGGAUGAGCUGGAAGAUCAGCUGGUUCUCUUUUUUCGAGUUUACUCUGGCAUCAAGAGAUUGCACAAUUCAGAGUUGCGGAAUAAUUUGAAAAUAAAAAUUGAAGAGUUGCUGAAAAGUGAUGCUGGUGUUGAGGAUUUUGUACAGAAGCUGGAAGAAAUUUUAGUAACCUGUAGCUUCGAAAAUGUAGAGGCUCCAGACAAUUGCUAUCACAUAUUGGAAUCCAUUCGAACGCUUCGAAACAUGCUCCCUAUAAAGGAAGAGGUUUUGCAACCAUACAUUUACAAACAAUCAGAAAAGUCAAAACUUCAAUACAUAACCGGAAUUUUAGUUAGCAAAGGUAAAAUAAACAAUUUGAGAAGGAAAGUUCAAGCAACUCAAAAAGCGAUUGACGAGAUGAAAAUGGAAAUAUUUUUGCUGAAAGAGAGAAGCCCACGUGAGAUUCAGGACAUCGUCGAUGAGUCCGAGUUGGAACUGAUUGCACUACGCCAAAGUGGAGAUCGUAGCUUUGCACAUCUUCAAGAGGAAGUUUCGCGAAAGGUGCUCGAUUUGGAAAAUAGCAAAGAAUAUCGAGCUCUGGUUGACGAGCACAACCAAAAACGGCGCAAAAUCACCAAACUUACCGUCCAACUGCAGCUGUGGAUCAAGCAGUACGACAAAUUUGUCGGAGAACCAAUGAAGGAACUCGAAGCGCUUGAGAACGAUGUCGCUCAGUUUCCGGAAUGGAAAGAAACGGUGUAUGAUCCGCAGCAGGAACAACUGGAGCAGCUGACGUUCAACGUAGAAGUCCUUGAGGCAGAGCUGAUCGAGGAGCAGGUUGAAAAGUUCCGGAUUGCGCACGCCGCCAGGGUGCUGCAACGAGCUUGGCGCCAAGUGCUGGUGAAAAAGGCAGCCAAAAAGAAGAAGAAGGGAAAGAAGGGCAAAGGAAAGGGUAAAAAGAAGGUGUAG